GCCUGCUCUAACCGGCAUCGCGUGUGAACGAAGUUUAACCAAACUGUGAUUGAAAGUUACAAGCUGUUACAUGUGAUAAGGAAUUGUUGCUGCAACUGGGAAAGUUACAUAAAGUACAUGUGAAUUUUAAUAUGGCGAAUACCAAGUCAAGUUGCGUGCGCCCUGACCGCGGGUGAAGGCAUUAUGAACGAUAAUAUACUGUUCGUCGCGUCCAGCUCCAUCCUGUACGAUGUCCCGGACAACAAGACAGACCGCGUGUACUAUGAGACGGUCAACACGUCCAAACCAAACGAAACCGAACCCGAGCUGCCGGAAGACGAGUUUAUAUUCGACAGAACAGAUAUUAGAGCUAUAUUUAUCACUCUGUACACCAUCGUGUUCUGCUGUUGUUUCUUCGGAAACCUCCUCGUAAUAUUAGUGGUGACGCUGUCGCGGCGGCUCCGCUCCAUCACUAAUUUCUUCCUGGCGAAUCUGGCGGUUGCGGACUUGUGUGUUGGUGUCUUUUGCGUCUUUCAGAACUUAACUAUAUACCUCAUACCAAGCUGGGUGUUCGGCGAUUUCCUCUGCAAGAUGUACCAGUUCGUGCACUCCCUGAGCUACACGGCGUCGAUCUUCAUCCUCGUGGUCAUCUGCACCGAGAGGUACUUCGCGAUCAUCCACCCGAUCACGUGCAAACAAAUUCUGACGUCAUCAAGAUUACGGCUGGUAAUAUUCGGCGUGUGGAUCACGAGCGCCGCCUACAGCGCGCCCAAGUUCAUAUGGGUGGAGACGAUAACCAACGACCUGGGCGACGGCAAGAUGGAGACGAUCUGUAUCCAGCACCGCAUGAAGUACAACUCCGAGAUCUUCGAUAUGGUCAACUUCGGCCUGCUGUACGUGACUCCGCUGUGCGUGAUGACGAUCCUGUACACUCGGAUCGCGGUGGGUUUAUGGAAGAGCUCGCACGGGCUGGGUCAGAUCGGGCACGGCCAGUGCUGCGGGUCGCAGUACAAGGACAAGUCGCCCAACUCCUGCGUCGAGCCCCAGAGAACCUUCGCGGGGAACUCCGAAACAAAGAUAGGGGCACCAACGAGCUUAAAAUGGUCUUCGAGCGGGAAGAAAACGCAAGAGGAGAACAACAUCGCUAUACAAGUGACCCCGCCUGAUCUCGAGGAAGAUGAUGAGGUGGUGCCUCCCCUUCGCGCCAGGAGGAAACUCAGCAGCCCCCUCACCAGCCUGCCCGCCUCCAUACAGGGACUCUCCGGAAAUGACCGACGUUCCUCGCCGACGCGUCUCUCGCCGCUGGACCGCACGAAGCGGCGGUUCAGCACGAUGGUGUCCAGCGGCGCCGCCGCCGCCGUGUCCCGCAGACUGUCCGCAACCAUCGGCUGGUGCCUGGCCACGCCCACGCAGGUCAAGCCGCAGAUCGUCCGCCAAGGCCGCGCCCUCUGCCUCCAGUACAUCAAGACGCAGAUACGACGGUCUACGACGUGCUCGUCGAAGCAAAUCGUAAUGAAGCGGGUGCAGACGAUGCUCGAGACGGAGUGCGGGGAGGAGGCCAUCAACAACGUGGAGACGGGAGUGCUGGCGGCAUUACGCGCGCUGUGCGCCGCCCUCGAGAGGAAGAAGUGUGAGGCGUUCCGGCACGUGGCGCGGCAGGCGACGCGCGCGCCCUCCACCAUGCUGCGCUCCGAGACUGCGCUCGGCGAGCUCGCCCUGGCCCUCGCCCGCCGCAUCACCAGGGACAACAUCACGUGGUCCAAGAUCGCGGCGGUAUUCUGCGUGUGCGGGGCCCUCGCCCGCGAGGCGGCGGAGGCUGCUGACGGGGAACCCGCGCUGGAGGUGGUCACCGCCCCGGCCGCCGCCAUCGCCGACCUGCUGCACGAGGAGGCCGGCUCCUGGGUAGCUGCUAAUGGAGGAUGGAACGGUUUGAUUGGCCGACUGCGAUCGAGCGAACGCGAUCAGAGAUCUGAGAAAAAUCUACGUGUGAUGGUGUCAUUCUUUGGGCUGGCCUGUCUGGUGCUGCUGCUGCUGCGGUGGGUGCUCCACGCACACCCAGCCUACAACAAUAACGAUUAGUUUAAGUCGCUUUCAAUAGUAAAAUACCAAAAA